UUAACCCUCCAAUUUUGCCGGCCUUGGUCCGUUUCCAGUUAAUACGGCGUCGUUUUUGUCUCCGCAACAUUUUCUCUUCUCUCUUCACUCGUCGGUUACUAAUAUAUACUCAAAUCCCACUCUUUUCAAUUUCAUUUCUUCGUUUUCUUCAACUCCGAGUUGACUCACUCUUCUUAACAACUCGUUCUCUCAACUCACUUUCUCUGCAUUUUCUUCUUUCAUCACUCUCAGAUUGAGUUGACAAGGAUGUCAAAGACAACACUUAAGGACCUCAAUACUAUUCCUGCAACCGAAAGGAAGAGCGAGUGCUCCGGUAAGGCGUGUUUGACCAAGCCUACUGUUGAUAAUGCUAAUGAAAAUGUUGAAGAAUGUGAAAAGAAGAGAAAUGGUUCCUCUUUGGUUUCCCCACAUGUUAAUGGAAAUCAGGCUGUGCCUGCUGAUGCUGUUGUAGAGACUGCCACUGUAGAAGUAGAAUACACUGAAUCUGAGAACUUGAAUGAUGUAGAAGACAUUGAUACUUGUCUCAAGACCCUCUUAGCUGGACUUAACUCAAAGGACUGGGUCCUGGUUUGUGAUACUCUAAAUAAUGUACGUCGUUUGUCUAUAUUUCAUAAGGAAGCAAUGCUUGAUAUUCUGGGCGAUGUGAUCACACAUAUUGCUAAGGCCCUGAAAAGUCCUAGGAGCGCUGUUAUCAAAACCGCCAUUAUGACAUCUGCUGACAUUUUUUGUGCAUAUAAUGAUCUUAUAAUAGACUCAUUGGAUCCUUUGCUAGUACAGCUUCUUCUCAAGUCUUCACAGGACAAACGCUUUGUAUGCGAGGCAGCAGAAAGAGCCUUGAUAUUAAUGACUACUUGGAUUUCCCCCAUUUCUUUGUUGCCAAAAUUGCAACCAUACCUUAAGCACAAGCAUCCUCGUAUUCGUGCAAAGGCAUCAAUGUGCUUUUCUCGAAGUGUUCCACAACUGGGUGCGGAAGGCAUAAAAACAUAUGGCAUUGACAAAUUGAUUCAAGUAGCUGCAUCCCAGUUGAGCGACCAGCUUCCUGAGUCCAGAGAAGCAGCUCGAACCCUACUUCUCGAGCUUCAAAAUGUGUAUGAGAAAUUUCACGAUCUCAUCCCAGCAGCCACUUUAUCUGAGGAUCCAGAGGCUAAGACAGUAUCUGAGGUUCCAGAGACGAAGACAGUAUCUGAGGAUCCAAAAACUGAGACAGCAUCUGAGGAUACAGAGACAAAGACAGUAUCUGAGGAUCCAAAAGCUGAGACAACAUCUGAGGAUCCAAAGACCAAGACAGAAUCUUGGGAAAACUUCUGUCAGUCAAAACUGUCUCCUUUAAGUGCUCAAGCUGUACUUCGUGUGACCAGUAUCGCACGGGAGGGUCUUGUUUCAUGACACACGAAUUCAGUUAGUGCACUUCAUUAUUUCCUGGUUUGCAUGCCAUUUCUUCUGUAAAUACAGUGCGAGAAUUGAGAUGAUUUGAGUUGCCGUUCGUAGCACGUAUUGAGCCAAAGAUUUAUGGUGUAUCUUUUUUACUUAGCUGUGGUUACCUAUGCUACCCUUGAUUGAUGGUAUUUGAUAGAUAUAUAAAUUACGUUCAUUA